AUGGCCGAUGGCACAAGGAAGAAGACACUCAAAGAUGGUACGGUCAAGAUCUAUCCGACAAUGCGGUGUACCAAUCGACAAUGUCGAAAUCAAUUAAGUGUUCGUAAAAAUACAUUCUUCGCAUUUAUUGAUGCAUUGGGUCGACCAAAUUCGAAACUUGAUAUACGGACAAUCUUGGAAUUGAUAUGGCUGUGGUGUUUGGGCACGUCUUCGUCAACAAUUGCCACAUGUCACGGAAACGACUGUGGCCGAUUGAACAAACGUUUUGCUAGAAAGAAGCUGAAUGACGCUCCGCAAAUGGGUGGCAUUGGUGAAGUUGUGCAAAUAGAUGAAUCGUUAUUUCGUGACAAGCGCAAGUCCCUGGAUAUUCGGAAUUGCGCAGCCAACGGCAGAGGGAUACGAGGCUCGUUUUUCCAUGUACGACGACGUGAUGCUGCUACACUACUUCCAAUUAUCUGGAAAAAUGUUUAUCCUGGCACCACAAUUUGGUCAGACGAAUGA